AUGUCGUCGCCGCGGUCCGCGAGCCGGCGCCACGUCGUCGUCGGCGCGCCCAUCUACGAGCAGUCGUCGGUCUUCGGCGCGCACGUCUCCUACGCCGUGGCGUCGUGCACGGCCCAGUCCCGGGGCGCCUGCGUCUGCGUGCGGCGGCGCUUCACGGACUUCCGGGCGCUGGCCGCGUCGCUCGAGCGGCGCUACCCGGGCCUCAAGGGCCACCUGCCCGAGUCGUCCCUGCUCGGCGGCCUCUUCGCCGACCCCACGGAGUCGCGCGCGGCGCACACCGCGCGGCGCGGCCGCGCGCUGACCGCGUGGCUCGACGCCGUCUGCGAGCACCGCUACGCGUCGCGCGACGCCGUCGUCGAGGCCUUUUUGAAGGUCGCGCCCUACGGCGAGUGGGAGCGGCUGCGCGCGGCGCUCCUGCGCAGCGACGAGGACGACGCGCGCGUCGCGUGCCAGACGCUGCGCGCGGCGGACCCGCGGCGCGACGAGGACCCCGCGGGCCCGGAGAAGGCCUGGCGCCAGGCUUUGGGCGGCACGCCCCAGGGCUGGGUGCCGCCCGUCAUCGACGCCGCCCAGCGCGUCGAGACCGCCGCGGCCGCCGCGGCCCGGGCCGCGCGCGCCGUCGCCGACGCGGGCGCCGCGCACGCCGCGGCGACGGGCGGCCUCGCCGCCGCGCUCCGGGCCCUCGCCGACGCGGAGCGCGACGUCUUCCGGGACCACGCCAAGGGCGGGGCCUCGCUGAAGCGCUGCGGCGACGCGCUCGAGGCCGAGGCGGCCGAGCUCGCCGCGCGCGCGGACGCCGUCGGCCGGUGGCUCGGCGCGCCGCUCCACCGCGAGGCCGUCCUCAUCGGCGCCCUGCGCCGCGAGGCGAAGCGCGUCGAGCAGGCCGAGCGGAAGCUCAAGCCCGACGACGACGCGCGGGGCCGCUCCGACUCCGAGUCGAGCCGCUUGGCGCUCGACCUCGACGCGGCCGCGCUCACGCCGCGCUUCGCCGCCGUCUGCCGGCGCGGGGCCGCGCGCUACGCGGCGUCGCGCGCGCCCGCCAAGUCCCGGGGCGCCCUCGCGCGCUGCCUCGACGCCGUCGCCGGCGACGGCGCCUUCGACCGCGCCGCGGCGCUCGCGGUCGAGCCGCCGGCGGGCCGCGACGCGCCGGACGCGCCCCUGAUCGACGCGCUGGCCGCCGCGCUGGCCGCCGCGGGCGUCAGGGGCGGCUCCGCGACGAACCUGAACGCCGAGGCCGCCGACGAGCCCCGGAGCCGGCCGCCGCCGUCGGCGCGCGCGCGGAAGGCCUCGGUCAAAAAGAAGAAGGCAGACCGGCCGUCGUCGGAGCCGAAGCGCGCGUCGCCGCCGCCGCCGCCGCCGCGCCGCGCGUCCGCGCCCGAGCCGCCGGCCGCGAAGCCGCCGCCGCCGCCGCCGCGCCGCGCGACGGCCCAGCCCGCGAACCUCCUCGCGGCCAUCAGCGGCUUCGACAAGUCGAAGCUGGACGCGGCCGACGCGCCCGCGGCGCCCGCGCCGGGCCGCGGCCCGCCGCCCAUGCCCGCGAGCAACCCCAUGGCCGCGGCCAUCGCGGCCCGGCGCGCGUCCAUGAGGAACGCGAGCGACUCGGACUAA